UUUUGGAACGACACAGGAAAUGAGAACAACAUCGCACAUUUUUGCAAAAUAAACCGCGAAUUUUCAACAUAAACAUGCAAGGAUCAGGAGAUAAUGUCGGUGCAAAUGGCGUCCAGAAUAUAAUAUACAGCAUGACGAGCAGUAUGAACAAUGGGGCAGGUAUGCUUAAGCUUGCGCCUGAUCAACUGCCGAGUCCUGAAAAGUUGAAAAGAACCGCCGAUCAGGCAAAUUUGGCCCUACCCGUAGAAUGCACAUUGGAUACUGACAGUGAUGAUGAUGACAGCGAUAUGCAGAAAAUGUACCAAAAGCCCGGUCUCAAGCCUGGUAAAAAAACGAAAGGGCGUGUCAAAAUUAAAAUGGAGUUCAUUGAAAACAAACUUCGAAGAUAUACAACUUUUAGCAAGAGAAAAACAGGGAUCAUGAAAAAGGCUUAUGAACUAUCAACCCUAACUGGGACCCAAGUAAUGUUACUGGUAGCGAGUGAAACUGGGCAUGUAUACACAUUCGCAACACGGAAACUACAGCCAAUGAUUACAAGUGAGAGUGGCAAGGCUCUUAUCCAGACAUGUCUGAAUUCCCCCGACCCCCCACCUGGCCAGCAUAUGAGCGAAUCACAGAGAAUGAACCCUAGUGGAUUUGAAGAGCCAGAUCUUACAUACCCCGCAACUGCAGAGGAGGAGGCUUUAAAGUUAGACCAACAGCAGCAAAUGAUCAGCCAAGUCCCCACCCCCAGGACCUACACUCUCGCCAAUGUCCCUGGCUCAGGUGACCAAAACAAUGCAGCUCAGAAUAUACAUAUAUCGUCAGCAGGCCUUAACCAGGGGAUAUCUAUGACAUCAUACAUGGCUCCAGUCUCAACCCAAACAACAACUCAGGUACAACAAAGUCCAGUAGUCGCCCCCAAUAAACUGUCGACACCAUCCCCCCAGGCAACCACACCUACAAUGGCAGUGCAGCUCCCUGGGGGAAGCUACGCUGCCAUACUGUCUCCCUCAGCAGUCACAGGUAUGCCUCCUGGGACUCCUAUUGCAAUCCCCAUGAGCCAACUAACACAGAAUGCACAACUAAGUACUUCACAAGCAGGCCAAAUAUUUAGGCUACCCCCAGCUAACCAAAAUCUAAUAGAAUAUUCAGCAUCAUCUUCAA